CCCUAUCCCUAACUUGGGUGGCGAAAAAAACGGAUUCGGAAUCGGAAUAUCGCGGAAAAUUAUAACGCUGAAAAUAACUCUCCGCCCGAGACCGAACCCAUUUUGUAAAUUGAAUUAACUUAAACCGUCUUUUGGAACGGUCCAUGCUCACAUGCGCGCUACGAAAAUGAUAAGUCAAUAUCGGUAAACGCGAUACAAAAAAUAAAAUUUAAUGAGGCAAAGACAGAGUGGUAGGAAAAGGCAUACAUACAUACACACGCUCGUCGACGUCGUCGUUUCGAAGGAAUAUAUGUAUCUACAUAUGUAUGUGCGUGUGUAUGCGUCGUGUACACAUAAGUGUGGUGGCUGCAGCUUCUAGCAGAGAUUCGGAGUCCGUCUCCAAUCGCUUUGGAGGAGGGGGAGCAGAAGGAAAGAUUGAUCAAGCGGCUGGAAGUUGGAGUGGGUGGGAGCGAGCGAGAGGGGUAUGGACAGCGGCGACUGAAUGUUUUUUGGGAACAGACGUGAAAAUGAUUUGGCAUAGCAGAGUAACCACCACCAGCGACGCCGAAGGCUCCAUCGUAUCCGUAAGAGCCAGAGAACCUACCAACGGCUUCUAUUCCAGCCCACUGUGAUAUAUUUCGGAUGCAAACUCAGACGAACAUCCAGCAACAACCGAAAACAAGCCUGUACGUGCGCUGUUCGAGUGUGUGUGCAUGCCUCUGCCGACGACGCAACAAAAAUAAAAAAAACACAUUGGAAGGUAGCAGAACGACAGACAAAGCAUCAGGCACAGCCCCCGAAGACAAAGAGUGGAGAGAAGCGAAGCAUCAGCCAGUAGCGCCUUUGUGAAUAAUUCAUUUAAGACUCCCACAGAAUGGUCGUCGGCUCGAAUCACACGCGGCGUGGUGAAACUGGCAGCAGAUUUACAAACAGCAGCUCCAACAGCACCGCCAGCAGCACAAGUGGUGGCACCACCUCCACCACCAGCUCAACGUCUUCCGUAGCUAGCAGCGAGGCAGCGGCGGCGACGGCGGCACUUUUGUCGUCAAUGUCCCAAAAAAGCCAAAAUGCCGCCCAAGCACCACCCACAGCGAGCAGCCACCAUCAGCUGCAGCAGCCGACGAUAGCGACAACGACGAACCACCAUCAACCCCAUCAUCCCCAUUACCAACAGCAGCAGGCACACAACCACCACCAUCAACAGCUUCAAUCCUCAAAUGGAAACGGAGGAGGCGGUGGAGCAGGAACAGGAGCAGGUGGAGGAAGUACCCUCAAUGGCUGUAAUGGCAGCGCCGUCAGUCGGUUGUCACAAUCAACUGGGAUGUCACCGCGUGAACUAUCGGAGAACGACGAUCUGGCCACAUCGCUCAUACUUGAUCCGCAUCUUGGCUUCCAAACCCACAAGAUGAACAUACGCUUCCGCCCCCUCAAGGUUGAUACGCAGCAUCUGAAGGCGAUCGUAGAUGACUUCAUCCACGGUCAGAACUAUGACGUGGCCAUACAGCGCAUCUACGAUGGCCCUUGGAUACCGCGCCACCUGAAAAACAAGAACAAGAUCGCCACAAAGCGGUUACACGACCACAUUGUACGGUAUUUGCGUGUGUUUGACAAGGACAGUGGGUUCGCCAUCGAGGCUUGCUACCGGUACUCCCUGGAGGAGCAGCGCGGGGCGAAGAUCAGUUCCACCAAACGCUGGUCCAAGAACGAAAAAAUCGAGUGCCUGGUUGGCUGCAUUGCCGAGCUGACGGAGGCCGAGGAGGCGGCACUCUUGCACUCGGGCAAAAAUGACUUCUCUGUGAUGUAUAGCUGCAGAAAGAACUGCGCCCAACUCUGGCUGGGACCGGCGGCGUAUAUCAAUCACGAUUGUCGGGCUAACUGCAAAUUCCUGGCCACCGGACGCGACACGGCCUGCGUGAAGGUGUUGCGGGACAUCGAGGUGGGCGAGGAGAUCACUUGCUUCUACGGCGAGGACUUCUUCGGGGACAGCAACCGCUAUUGUGAGUGCGAGACGUGCGAGAGACGUGGAACGGGUGCCUUUGCCGGCAAGCACAACAGACAUUUGGAUGAUGCCACUGGCCUGGUGCUGGGCCUGACCUCGGGCCUGGGGCUGACCAGCGGCGGCGCUGGCAACGGAGGCGGCUACCGCCUGCGCGAAACCGACAAUCGCAUCAAUCGCAUUAAGAGCCGCGCGAACUCGACCAACAGCACUUCGAAUAGCAACAGCAACACCAACGAUUCCACCAGCACCAACGACAGCAGCAGCACCAGCAUUGCCAGCAAUGGAGUAGCCCCAAUGGCAGUACCCAUAUCCCAGCACGCCGGACAGGCUGUGGGGGGUCGUGGAUCUGGCAAAGAGACGGGCUCUGCGCAAACGGGAUCUGCAGCAGCAGCCGCAGCUGUAUCCCUGAUGGAGAAGAAGCUGCCAAAUUUGGUCGUUUCGCCCCUGACCAUGAAGGAGCUGCGUCAGAAGGGUAUGACCAAGUACGAUGCUGAGAUGAUCAUGGCCAAUGCUGCCUACCAGCAGCAGCACCACCACCACCAUCACCAUCAUCAGCACUUUCUUCAUCAACACCACCACGGACAGCAUGCCAGCACCGGGGCCGAGGCCACAGCCGCUGUUCAGCAGCUGGCCAUGCAGAAGCCUGGAGUGGUCCCGGUUACAUGCACUGGAGAAGGCGCAGGUGUAGGACAAGGCGCAUGUGCCGCUGGUGGAACCUUUUCCUCCUCCAGCACGGAAUUGAACGGUCGCUCAAACACCCUGCGCAAGUCCAUCCGAGUAAACAGCACCAGCAGCAGCAUCUCCACAGCCUCCAUGGACGAGGUGGUGGUAACCAGCGCCCCGUCAAUGCCCAUACCAUUGCCACUGACAAUACCGAUGUCUGCAAAGUCCGCCGUUGUGCUGGUGACGCGAUGCAAGCCGGCCAUGGCCAUUGCGGCGCUGCACCAGAGGCAGCAGAGGCAACUGCGGCGCAGCGAGCGGCAAACAAAUCGAGGUGGCCAGAAGGAAAAGUCACUGGAAAAAUAUAUCACGGACAGCGAAAGCAGCGACACCGACCAUCAGCGGUGUGAGCGUCAGCGGGUGAAAGCGCGCGGGAGCGAGGAACACCAGCCCACAAAAGUGUUCGUUAUGGACGGUGAUCAGCAGCAGGAGAAGCGCGUGACGCGGAAUAGUGCAGGAAGAGCUGCCGCAGCAGCAGCUGCGUCAUCGGCACCAGCACCAGCGUCGGCAUCAGGAGGAAUUGGACUUCUAGGACUAGGAAGAUUAGCCACUGCCCAUAAUAUUAGUAGCAUAACAGCAGCGACAGCAACAGCCACAACCACAAGUAGCAACAGCAGCAACAAAGCAACAACGAUUACAAAUUGUAAUAAUCAUAAUAGUAAUGAUAGCAGUAGAAUUAAUCAUAAUUCUAAUCUUAGAGGUAGACAUAGUGUUAAAUCGAAGAAGCCAGCACCAAGUGAGGCCUCAUCCAUACCCACAUCCACGUCCUCAGUUGAAGCACAGUCCCUACACCAGUCGCAGCAACAUCAGCAGCAGAAGGCAACGCGUCGCAGUCGCAGCAACAGUCCUGCCUAUAAAAAGAAUCUUUUGGACACCUUUAACCAGGCUAAUCCUCCUUCCCAUCUCACGGCGGAAGACAAUCCCUCUAAUCAGAAACGCAGUCGUCGAGCCGCUGCACUGGCUGCAGCCCAGCACAUCCAUUGCGACGCAUUCGGUGGACAGGCUGUACCUGGAUUGGGAUUUGGAGUGGGAGUAGGAGCAGGAGCAAGAGCAAGAGCAGGACCAGCAGCAGCAAGCAGUCAGCGCAAAAGACAGCAACCAGCAAGUGCAGGAGCAGCAGCAGGGGUAGCCAGCGAAAGGGCAUCCAUCAGCCUGUCGAAUAGCAGCAGCAGCGUGGAGCCCCUUCUGAAGACUCCCGAGCGUCGGCUGAAGCUCACUCUGCGGAUGAAGCGCUCUCCGAUACUGGAUGAAGUCAUUGAGCUGGGCACCAGCUUCAGCGACGAGCGGCAUCUGGCCAGGCACAAUGGAGCUAUAGGUGGGCGUAGUGCAGGCGCGACUGGAGCUAGCUCUGGAUCGGGAGGAGCGGUUGGCAGUGCCGAUGUCACUGGAGCAGAGGGGAUUGGCAUUGAGUAUGAGAUUCUACGCAUGGAAGGCAUUUCGGAGCAUGGCAACGAUGAUGACGACGACGAUGAAGACGAUGUCGACGAAGACGAGGACGAGGAGGAGCACGAGGACGACGAUGAUUCUGAAGAUCAGCCCGAACAGGAUGCAGAGCAUCAACAUGUACCACUCGAUGCAGCCCCACCCAGUACCAUCCACUACGAGCCGCUUUCAAAGAAGCAAAGGAAAAAACAGCGAGGCUGCAGCAGCCAGCGACGGUCCCCGGAUCCCAGCUCGUGUAGCAGCAGCGUGUACGUGACACCCCAGAAGAAGCGACUCCGCUUAAUCUUCGGUAACGAGUCGCACACCAUUGACAUUCCACCAACGGGCGAAGGAGCAGCGGAAGCUGGAGCAGAGGCCAGCGGAGUGGAUGACCUCAACAGCAGCAGCGGCGGAGUGAGUGCAAGCGACGACUCGUUCAAUGCCUCGUACGCCAGCAGCGGCACCAGCAUGACGGUCAACACCUCCUCCCAAACGACGACUAGCAACAACAGUAGCGCCGACGGGCCAUCUAUCUCCACAUUCUCGGGAACGGGCAAUGUGCAAACAGAGGACAUUGACUCGGCCACGCUGGUGGCAUCAGCCCAAAAACCCUCGUCCCCGACUUCAUCGACCUGCGGCUCCUUCUAUUCGGCCUGUACCUCCACUACCAACAACCACUACUUCCCCAACGGCAAGCGGCGUGGAGGAGCAGGAUCCGGGCCAGGGGAGGAAGCAUCCUACAUCAAUUACUAUCAGAGCGGCGGCACAACGAUGCUUGGAAAAUACGGGGCCACGAAGCAGAUGACUUCCAGCCCGGGCCAGGGGCAGGCUAUUGUUAGCAGCAGCAGCGGCGGAAGUGGGGGAGGAGCAGGACACGGAUUCUUGCCACAAUCGCUGAUCAUUCCCAAGCACACCUUCGGAACCUGCGCCCUUCUGCCCCCCACAAGCUUUGCCAAUCUCCAGCAGCCGCCGCCGCCCUCGCUGCAGCAGCAUCAUCCACAGGCAAAGACCAGUGUGGCCACGUCAACGUCCGCCUCCUGCUCGCCGCCUGUGCAUAACCACCAUCAUCAUAACCAACAGCACCAGAAUCCACAUCAUAACCAUCAUAUCCAGCAAUAACGAACGACUGAUCUCCAAGUAACUUGACUAAUGUCCGCUGAAAUUGCCCAGAAAAAGAAGCACGGGCAGAAACGGAGGAAAAUGAAUAUAAAGAGGAGGAGGAGGAAUGAGAUGGAUAAGAAUAAGGAGAAUUUUCAUGCUGCCUGCGUCGUAGUUGCCUCUGCUGCUGAACUGCCUUAACCUAACCCGACCACAAACCGAUCGAGCCCCUACAGUCGCACAUCAGUUUUAGCCAUUAGCCUUAGAAGAGAUUCAGUACCCUUUACUCCAACCCCCACCCACCCCGGUGUCCAUGCAUCUUUCCCCUACGCCGCAUCAGCAUCAUAUUCAGUUUAACCCUCAUUUUUCGUGUAGGACCCAAUCCCCGUUGCUUUAGUCCUGGUCCUGGUCCUGGUGCCAGGCCAUGACUCCCGCGUUCCGAAUUCCCGCGUUUAGGGUCCCGAUGCCGAGUCCCAGGUCCUGGUCCCUGUCCUGGAUCCGUGAGAAGCAAAAACAAAACGAGAAUCAAGUGAAGCAAAAGAACACAAGAAAUUGUAUCAAAAUCUGAUUUUAGAGACACACAGAGACAAAAGAAAAGAAAAAAUGAAAAUCAAGUGAACUAUUUGAUUAUAACUUACUUUUUUUGCUUUCUUCUAUUUCUCGUUCUCUCUUUAUCUCUCCCACUCUUUCUCUCUCUCUCUUUGUCUGUCUCUCCCUCAAACCCGUGGAUCCCAUCCCCCCGUGUUGCUCUGUUUGGUUACGUGUGCGUGCCCGUGCAUGUGUAUGUGUUGUGUGUGUGUGCUUUUCUUUUUCCUUUUGCCUUUACAGAUGAAAGUUUAAAGCAUAAAAGUAGGAGAAGAGAUGCCGAAAAAAUGCAGCAGAAUAGCGCCACAAAUAACGACAGCAACAACAACUGCAACA